AUGCUUCCCGACACGAUCUUCGCCGUCGCUUUGACGCGCCGCGUAGCUUGCAACAGCAGCCUGCGGGAAGGAAAUGCAAGGCGCACCGCGGUGACUAAGGUGGUGGCGGUGGGGGCAUGGGCGCAGGUGGGCGCGCGCAUCCGCCUGGCGUUGGGAAUGGCGCUGGUGAUGGGCAUGGUGGCGGUGGGGCUACUCCUAGCGCUGCAGCAGCCGCUGUGGCUGCUGCUGGCGGAUACUCCCAAGGUGCUGCCCUACGCGCGCAGCUACUUCUAUCUGCGGGUCAUUGGCGUGCCGCCCCAGCUGCUCGUCAUGUGCACGUCCGGCAUACUGCAAGGAUACAAGCGAGUGAACCUAGUGGCAUGUCUACAAGGAGGCAGAGUCUUACUGGACGUCUUUGCCUCCUACGUGGCCCUAUACGUUCUCGACUGGGGUCUCGUCGGCGUCGGCCUCGGCACCAUCCUCGCCUCCUCCGCCGUCGCCGCCGCCGCUUUUGUCUGCAUCCUGCUGCUGCCGCCCGCCGAGGGGCGGCACAAGAUCCAUAUCUUCACGCCGCUGCUGAGCUCCCUGUCUGGCCGGGCGGCAGGGGGGAAACGCGGAGUGGGGUGCUGGAGUCCCAGGGGUCAUGGGGUUGCUGGUGGUGGUGAUGGGGAGGGAGAGGAGGCACUGCAUGUGCCGUUGUUGGAUGGGCACGUGGGGGAGAGGGGGGCAGGAGGAGGAGCGGGGGAGUUGACGGAGGAGGAGGAGAGGGUGAACGAGGUGUUGAAUGAGAGCACGUGGAAGUUCAUCUGGGAUGGGCUUAGCACCAUGCUGCGAUCCGCGCUUGUGCAGGCAUCAUUCUUCCUAGUCCUCGCAUGUGCCACAUCGCUAGGAAUGCAUGCAGUGGCAGCCCAUCAAGUCCUCAUGCAGCUGUGGAUGAUCAACAUCUACAUCGCAGACGGAUUCGCCACCGCCGGCACCAUCGUCGCCAGCAGCGUGGCGGGGCACUUAGCUAAGAGCCGCACGCCCGCAGAGCAUGCGAUCCACUUAAGGGACCUAAGAGAGGCCUGCUGGAGGGUGCUGAACAUGGGGGCAGUGGCGGGCGUGGCGAUAGCUGCAGUAUACCUGGGGUGGCGGGAGCAGCUCAUGGCUCUGUUCACGUUUGACGAGGGCACGAAGCAGGAACUGAGGGGCGCGUGGCUGUACCUUGCGCUCAUUCAGCCGCUCAACUCCAUUGUGUUUGUGUACGAUGGGUUGAUCUAUGCAGCGCAGGCCUUCUCCUACAUGGCCGCCUUCCUCACUAUUGGCUUCUUCGCCCUCUUCCUCCCGUGCAUCGCGCUGGCCUACUUCUAUUUCAAGACGUUGGUGGCAGCGUGGGGCGCCAAGGGAGUGCUGAACGCGGUGCGCUUCUUUGUGGCCGGCUACAAGAUCCACUUCGACUUCCUCUGCCCAAAACCCAAAUUUCCCCCCACAAACCCCAUCACCGCUCACAACUCCUCCGCUUCUCCCGCUGCUGCUCCUGGAACCGUUUUGAACCGCGCAGCACCUCCUGCCUUAUCUUCCUGGAUUAAUCCUCCCCAGGCUGCGUCCUCCUCUUCGUCUGUUAGUGCAUUGAAAUGGGUGGUGCCGGGUUAUGUUGCUCCUCCGCAUAGUGUGGCUGAGGGAGAGGAGCCGUCUGCAGCGGCGCGUGAGGCUGUGGAUGUUCUGUUGCGGCCGUGUUCCAAUAAAGGGCAAUUGCCGCCGUUCCCGGUGCUUAAAACGAAACAGGAGGAGCUAGUGAACCUCGUCUUGGCGUCGAGCCGGAUUACUCUCAUCGCCAGUUUCAUCGCCGCCUCUGUACUAAUGCCUUCUGGGUGCUGGGCUCAGAGCACCAUGAGCACGACUGUCCACAGCGACUUUUUCGAAGGCGACGUGCGGAUCGUCGUGGGGCCCAACCGUAACCAGAUCCGCGUGCAGCCGGACACGCCGGGCUGGGUUCAGUCGGUGACGCCCAAGAAGGAGUACAUCGUGGAGACUUACCCUUUUCCGUCCAACUUCUCCGCUCUCACGGACGUGAAGCACGUAAUUAUGACAUUCGCCCCUUCCAACUGCUACCCCAUCUACAACACCACCACCGUAACCGCUGAACAAGCCAUUCCCGCAUACCUCGCGUCAGGCACGGACAUCUGCCUCUCCUGCUACAUCUACCUCACCUUCUCCUUCCUGGACGUCGACACGGCCAGCCAGAUCGGCAGCGAAUGCACUGAAACAGACAAUGGGAAGCUUCGCGGUUACAUCUGCUCCACGGACGAGGGUGCUGACGUCACAGUGGCGCAGGCGCUUGGGAGUCCGCCGGUGGUGAAUGGCGGCGGGACGUCGGUGGGGUUUCUCUACACGGAGAUGUUUGUGCGCCAGCCCGCUGGCUCCACCAUGCGCCUCCCCUCCAUCCGUGUCGAUCCCCUGGCCAUAAAGGGAAUCGGGUACAUCAUGGUGCCAUCCAAGGGACCUACUCCUCUCCCUGGGGCUUUUGACGCCAUGCCAUACAUUGCAGGCAACAACAGCAAGGCUGUCGGCGUAGGUCUGGUGUUCCCAAUAACCCUGAUCACUCAGGCGGCUCUCGCAACCACCCCGUUCAGCAGCAACACAGUGCAGACAGUCACACCCACAGCCUUCCCUGCCCUCUCUAUGAGUGCUCCUGCCAACCAGUCGCUCACUCUCAACGCCAGCAUCGUAUCCCCUGUGGCUCCCAAUGCUACUGGCAUCCCAUACAACAUCUCCUUCUACAUCAGCAAGGAUGCCACUGCGAGAAUAAAGACAUCCUGGAUCAUAAUACCGUUCUCUCUGGUUGCUCUGCUGCUCGUCUUUUAG